CUGGGAAGAUUAGUAUCCUUGGCUUGCUUUGGGAUUUUCCUACUGUUUAUAAAAGAUUGUGAUGGACUUUACAGCUAUCAAAUUAGUUCUAGAGAUAAAGGAAUUGGUAGUGCCAUAGGCAUUUUCUCAUUGAUUCUCAGCAUGGUGUGCUGCUGUUGCUUGUGUUGCCGACGCAACAGAAAUGGGAAGGAAAAUGUCGACACUGGUGAAAUGUAUUCCAACCAAGAAAACCAGCAGAGAAUUGUUACGUCAACUGCUUCUGCCGGAGUUCACUACCCACUACAACCUUACACAUCUAAUUCUACCGAAGAUAUAUCUCCUACCCAGCUCUAUCCUUACAGUGGACAACUUAAUACUGUUUUUCAAUAUGGAAUCAAAGCCCCUGAUCAGUCAUUUGGUGCCACCUCUCUGCCACCAUACGAAGAACCAGCUCCAUCAUACGAAUCAGUGUUUGGAGUGGCGUGUCCUUCUUUUACAACACAGGAAAACAUUUUGAAUACGCAAGUUCCGAGAUUGUAGCUCUCCAAUGAUAGAGGCGCUUAUAGUAUCCACCUCAGCAUGAAGUUGGACACAUCGAUGUAAACAA